CGCAGAACGAUAUAGUAUAGACGUUAACAGCGUCGCCCGCUGUGCACCGUAGUGAUCAUGACGGUCCUGGACUAUGAUACGAGUGGUCCAUGGACCGUCACGGUUGAACACGUGGAUAGGGCUCGAUCGUGUGAACGGGGUAGUUUGGCAAAAAAACAACGAAGGACCCCUGUCCGAAAUCCCCUACGCCAGAGUUCGUUUGCAAGGAAAUUUUGUUGGUUUGAAAACACAGUUCAACGCUGGUUUAUACCGUAGAAUUAGUCUUUAACAGCAUUGGAUAAAUCUUUGUCGAAGAGGCGUCGCAAAAACGAUGGAAAGCCCUGAAUCUCAAUUCAACCAAUCUCCCGGAGCUCUAUCAACACAUUUACCAGACGACGACACUCUAGUAGACCUUAAUCAACCUAAUAAUUUGGACUCUCAACAUCUUUCAACCGAUUCAAAUCCGAAUUCUCGAAGAGUAACGCGUUCCCAAACAACAGGUCGUCCAACCGUUCGUUGGGGAAAGCACGGCAGAGGUGACCCCCCAGACACGCCAUAUAGAGGAUCUAGUGCUUCUCUCAAACGAUCCUUCGACGCGCGAGCAGUCGACGACGAAACUGACGUCGAGGCAGAUCAAGACCCAACUUACGUGCCAUCGAAGCUUCUCAAGAUGGAACCUACCGUGUUGAUCCCGGAAUCGUCUCCCGGUUCAAUGGUUGAGGAUACCCCUCAGUUAAAGGAAGUCACGCCUCCAUUCGAACCCAGUGGCACCCCAAUGCCCGGGGAAUAUACUUUCCUUGACGCUUCCUCUUCCUCAUUUACUUCUGAACGUCGUGGACCGAGGAUACGCACGGCCCCCCCUAUUCCCGUUCCGAACCUGACAAAAAAGAGUCGCGGUCGCCGCGUCCCUACCGCCGGCGACGAUGCCGCAGUAGAAGGAGAAGCAGCUGAGGGACGUAAGGGACGCGUUUAUGUCUGCAAAGUGGAAGACUGCGGCAAGUGCUUCAGCCGUGGAGAGCAUCUCAAACGGCACAUCCGAUCUAUUCAUACACAUGAAAAACCAUUUGACUGCCCUCACCCCACGUGCGACAAACGUUUCAACCGGAAUGAUAAUUUGCUUCAACAUCUACGUGUCCACAAGGGUGACAAUUCUUCUCAGACCUCCGUCGAUUCCGUACAUCCAGCUACCACUGCAGAGUCUACUCCUGAUGACGGCAGUCCCUCUGCAGCUGCUCAGCGCGCCUCUUCAUCUAAGACGAGCAGCACCCGCAGAGCAGUCCGCCCAGCACGUAAGACUAAAUCGGCUGCGUCCACCCCACCGAUCCAUCCGGCACGUCUUGCUGCUUCACGAGCGGCGAGCCGAAGCGCUCCUCUUACUCUUCCACGCACCUACUCUCUUCCUCCACUUACCUCUUUAACAUCUUCCUAUCACGGCCCGGCUGCCGCUGGCUUCAUGAACAAUACCAACAUCGCAGUCUCCUCCCUCCGGACUGUAAUGGGUGAGGAGGCUGAGGAGACAGAUCACGAACAGGAGGAAACAGAAGUUUCUGAGGAUGAGGGUCACCAUCGUCAGACAACACACAGUCUCAGCGACCUCCGCUCGAUGUACAACUUCCGCAACGCUUUCAGUUCCGCUCCCAUGGUGCCUAGGAAAGACAUGGCACGCGGUAACAGUGUACCUGCUGAUGAACACCUAGAUAGCACACCUGUCUCUGCAGGACCUGGACCAUCUUCCAGUCCUUCGCCUUCAUCCAUGUCUCGUGAAGGUUCUGACGAAGCCCACAAGUCAACUCCGCAUUCUCCGCCAACCGCGCAGCCUAAAUCCAAUGACAAUUGUUGAUAUUCCCGCAUCCUCGUCCAAUGAAUCGUCGCCGUGGAUAACGUUGAUUGCCUUAUAUGUUGAUCAUUCUCAUCGGUCGUUGUCUUGUAUGUGUCUUUCAUGUUGCCUGUCUCUCAUUGAUGCUUUGCGUUUACAAAAUUGAUUUAAU